AUGGCGGCAGAACCGAGUCUUAAAGCCGACACAAUAUCUGCGCGGCUGUACCAGGCAACGCUCAAGGUGGUACCGUCGGCAGUGGCAGCGCUAUUAGCAGAAUAUAGCAAGAUCCCGGUCGAAGAUCAGAAGGCGCACAUCACAAAAAUUCGUGACCAAGCCUAUGAGAAGCACCCAUACCCAUGUCUUGGCCGGUGGCGCUUUCUUGAACUGGAUUUGAGCACGCAUCCUCUCUACCACAGUGAUAUCCUUCCGGCACUUACCGGGGAGGACCGCAAGCAAGAUAACUCAACAAGCGACGGCUCGGCUUGCUUGUUCCUCGACCUCGGCUGCUGCCUCGGUCAAGAUCUCCGGAAGUUGAUAUUCGAUGGCGCAGAUCCUUCACGUCUAUGGGGAGCGGAUCUGAGACCGGAAUUCAUCGAGAUUGGAUACUCAUUGUUCGGAGACAGAGAGUCCUUCCCACCAUCUCAUUUCAUCGCCCCGGCAGAUGUCUUUGACCUUUCACCCUCAACGCCGCUCGCGCAAAUGGAUGGCGAAGUGGGCAUCUUGCACGUCUGUGCGGUGUUCCAUUUAUUCGACCUCGAUGGGCAAAAGAAGAUGGCUCAGCGGGCGUUGAAGCUUCUCGAUCCCAACAAGAAAAGGGUCUUGGUCGUGGGAGCCCAAACUGCCAAUGUGAACUCUGGGGAGUUCGAAAGACGCGUGGGUGACGGUCGCACCAGGUACAGGCACAAUGCAGAAAGUUGGAGGUCGUUCUGGGAAGAAGCGGUUCAAGCGGAGCAGUGGAAGGAUAUCAUCCGAGGAGUAGAAGUUGAUACCAUACUUGAAGAGGUGACGUCCACGCGAGCAAACUGGUUGAGUGAUUCCAACACAACACAGCGUCAGAUAGGAUUGUUUGAGGAAGGUUUUCGAUGGAUGAAAUUCUCGGUUUGGGUUGAUUUUGUGUAA